AGCAGAUAAGGUUAGCUUCCACGCUGGAGUUCAGAGUAUAUAGAUCAUUGCAGAGGAAGUGCUGGUGUCUGAGAAAGUGUGUAAACGCAGCACCAACUUCAUUACUAUCUUAUUUUGAUUCCGAGACAUAGGCUUGAGGAGGUUAGAGAUCGGUACACGGGAACUUUACAUAAGUUUUUGUCGUGUUCCACAUCUGACUCGCCUUCCUGGCCGGUUGUCCGAAACCGACAUUUAAAACUGGAUUAAGUGGGAGUAGCGACAGUUUUCCCGAUCCGCAAGAUCCCAGCAAAGGCGGCUGUUAAACUCUGAACCCUCAACGGGAGGCGCAGACUGUCCUGCAGCGGCUUGAGGAAUCACUGAGCGCUACUUGUAAACUUUUGGAGAAGUUCCGAAUCCCGAAGACGGCUGUCCCGCAGCAUCGAGUCGUGCUGGUCACUCCUCUGUGUUUACCAAGAUGGAAACUACUUUCUACGACGACUCUCUGAACAGCGCCUUCUCUCAGCACGGCAGUCCCGGCUACGGAUACAACCACAGGGUGUCCAAGCAAAACAUGACGCUCAACCUGACCGACCCCACGGGGAGCCUUAAACCUCACCUUCGGGCGAAAGCUAGCGACAUACUGACCUCCCCAGACGUGGGGCUGCUGAAGCUGGCCUCCCCGGAGCUGGAGCGGCUCAUCAUCCAGUCCAGUAACGGUCUGAUCACCACCACCCCGACCCCGACUCAAUUCAUCUGUCCGAAGAACGUGACGGACGAGCAGGAGGGCUUCGCCGAGGGCUUUGUCAGGGCACUGGCGGAGUUGCACCACCAACACAUGCCCAAUGUCACGUCUGCCCCACAGACCAGCGUCAACAGCGCUCUGGCACCAGUCUCCUCCGUGGCGGGCAGCACGGCUUACAGCUCCACCAUGCGCUCCGACCCACCUGUGUACGCCGACCUGAACACUUUCAACCCGGCCAUCAGCGCCGCGCAGGCGUCCGGCUACAGCGGCGCAAACUCGGCUCUCAGCUACUCCACAGCUGCAGCGCCCCAGCACCCCAUCAGCACGCUGCCCGUCCAGCACCCGAGGCUGCCGACCCUGAAGGAGGAGCCACAGACGGUGCCCGAGAUGCCGGGCGAGACCCCUCCGCUGUCCCCCAUCGACAUGGAGAGCCAGGAGCGCAUCAAGGCGGAGAGAAAGCGCAUGAGGAACAGGAUCGCCGCCUCCAAGUGCCGCAAGAGGAAGCUGGAGAGGAUCUCAAGGCUGGAGGACAAAGUAAAGAACCUCAAGUCGCAAAACUCGGAGCUGGCGUCCACGGCGAACAUGCUGCGGGAGCAGGUCGCGCAGCUCAAGCAGAAGGUCAUGAAUCACGUCAACAGUGGAUGCCAGCUCAUGUUGACACAGCAGCUGCAGACUUUCUGAAGAAAGACGCUCAGAGGGGGAGAGAGAAAGGACUAACCCAACCAAAAAGGGGGGAUCUGCAAGCUGAAGUGGCGGUAUGGCAUCCUGCGCCUUACUGGCCAGACCAGGAUCGCCUCUCGUCCCAGCGCCCAGGAGUUUCGGCGCGACAGGAUGGGUGGGGGGAGGGUUUCCGAAAGAUGUCAAAAAGCUACAAACGGCACGCAUUCUCACUGUUUUGUUUCAUGCUGUUAUGUGGUAAGAUGAGACUUAACCUUCUCUUCGACCAAGUCUUGCAUGGACCCAGCCUUGGACAUCAUUCAGUAUUAAAGUGCGAUAGAUUAGCUGCCCGUUUCGCUGCGCCAGUUCAAAGGCGUGUCCCGUAAAAGGCUUUUGAUUUUAAAAGCUGCCCAACUCGAGUUAUAAAUGGACAAUUCUUUUCUUAAUUGUAAUGAAUUGUUAGCUUCGAGUUUUCUUUUCUUCAAGUUGUUUAAUGGGGUUUAACUCAUUGUUACCUGUACAUAAUGCGAAUCUGGGGUAUUUCAGUUUACCAUUUUAAUACAGUAAUUUUACGUUCUGAGAACCUCAAACUAAUCAAUAUUUAAGAAUUGUAAUAAAGUGUAAAAUUUUAA